GGUGUUAAGAUGACAUGCUAAAAUGUACUUACUGAUGAUACCUUAUUGUAGAAAGCACUGGUAUAAUGGGCUAGUCUGAGCACAAAGGUGCAGUGAUUUAAUUAAAGUUGCAGAUUGAAAUACCACGGACAGAAAAUAGUUUGGAUGAUGUGUUUUGCCAGCAUAUCUCUGCAAUUUCAGUUUUAACAAUGGAUAAGUGUAAACACAUAGGACGUCUGCGACUGGCCCAAGAUCACUCCAUUCUCAAUCCUCAGAAAUGGCAUUGCGUGGACUGUAAUACUACCGAAUCUGUCUGGGCGUGCCUCAGCUGCUCACAUGUGGCGUGUGGAAGAUACAUUGAAGAACAUGCACUAAAGCACUUUCAGGAGAGCAGUCACCCGGUGGCAUUGGAAGUCAAUGAGCUGUACGUUUUCUGUUAUCUCUGUGAUGAUUAUGUUCUUAAUGAUAACACAACUGGUGAUUUAAAACUGUUGCGAAGUACAUUAAGUGCAAUCAAGAGUCAGAACUAUGAGUGCACUACUCGAAGUGGGAGGACUUUGCGUUCUAUGGGUACAAGUGAUGAUUCUUACCUUUCACAUGGUGGUGCCCAAGCCUUGCUUCGGAAUGAAGAUCGCAUGUUCACAGCUCUUUGGCACCGUCGGCGUGCGCUCCUGGGGAAAAUAUUCAGAUCCUGGCUUGAGGUGACACCUGCUGGAAAAAAGAUUUUGGAAGAAGAAAGGCGUCUGGAAGAAGAAGAGGAAAGACGGGAGAAAGCUAGGAAGAGAAGACAAGAACGGAAGCGUGAGUUGAAAGCAGAGAUUGAAAAGGUGCCUCCAAGAAAGAGCAGUCGUUUACAAAAUCAGAUGAGAAUGUCCUCAAAAUCAGCGCCCUGCCUGCAAAAAACAUCACAGAACAUGAAAUCUGCGGCAGAGUUGAAAGAAACCUAUACCUCAGAUGAAGUAAGAUUGAAAAAACCAAGUGACUCUCCAAUGAAACGAAGGCCCACGGUGACUCCAGGGGUAACAGGACUGAGAAACCUGGGUAAUACUUGCUAUAUGAAUUCUAUCCUGCAGGUAUUAAGUCACUUACUUAUUUUUCGAGAAUGCUUUUUAAAGCUUGAUCUCAACCAAACUCAGGAACUGCUGGCAACAGCAACCAAUGGCAAAACCAGAUCUUCAACUAAACACCUGUCAAUAGCUGCCUCAGCAUUACAUGUGAAUGAGAACCAAGAGAAAGUAAAGGGAUCAUCUUCUGUGAGGCGGCCCAGUUUAUCCUCUGGAUUAAGUGGAGGAGCAUCAAAAACUAGAAAUAUGGAACUUAUUCAGCGCAGGGAGCCCAGUUCAAAGCAUAUUUCUCUCUGUCAUGAGCUUCAUACUCUGUUCCAAGUUAUGUGGUCUGGCAAGUGGGCACUGGUGUCUCCUUUUGCCAUGCUUCACUCUGUGUGGAGACUAAUUCCAGCCUUCAGAGGAUAUGCCCAACAAGAUGCUCAGGAAUUUCUUUGUGAACUUUUGGAUAAAGUGCAGCAGGAACUGGAGACUACGGGGACCAGAUACCCAGCAGUCAUCCCUGCUUCUCAAAGAAAACUUAUAAAACAGGUUUUGAAUGUGGUUAACAACGUUUUUCAUGGACAGCUAUUAAGUCAGGUUACAUGCCUUACCUGUGACAAUAAGUCAAAUACCAUAGAACCUUUCUGGGACCUGUCCCUGGAGUUUCCUGAGCGGUAUCACUGCAACGGCAAGGAGAUGUCAUCUCAGUACCCAUGUCUGCUGACAGAAAUGCUGGCCAAGUUUACAGAAACUGAAGCUUUGGAAGGAAAGAUAUAUGCAUGUGAUCAGUGCAACACAAAACGAAGGAAGUUUUCUUCUAAACCAGUUAUACUCACAGAAGCUCAGAAGCAGCUUAUGGUGUGUCAACUACCUCGGGUUCUCAGAUUACACCUUAAACGGUUUAGGUGGUCAGGACGCAAUCAUCGUGAGAAGAUUGGCGUACAUGUUAAUUUUGAUCAAAUGCUGAACAUGAAGCCCUACUGCUGCAGAGAAUCCCUCAAGUCCCUCCUGCCCGACUGCUUUAUCUACGACUUGUCUGCUGUGGUAAUGCAUCACGGGAAAGGAUUUGGCUCCGGGCACUACACUGCCUACUGCUACAAUUCAGAAGGAGGAUUUUGGGUACACUGCAACGAUUCGAAACUCAACAUGUGCACUAUGGAAGAAGUAUGCAAGGCUCAAGCCUACAUUUUGUUUUACAGCCAACGAUGUACUCAGGCAAACGGACAUGGUAAAGCACCAUGUCCUAGCACAGCUGAAAGCCAGCAGCACGCAGAAUUAGCUGACUGUUCCAUGGUCAACAGUAUCAGCUAAUCCAAAGCCAGUUCACUGUAUGUAUGGUAAAAGGUUGAAUUGUCCUAACUAUAUAUUUUUAAAUGAAAUGAAAGUACAGUAUUGUACUUUUUUUACUUUGGAUCUGUGUACAAUGUCUAUAUACUUUUGUAUUAGUUAAAGUACUCUUUACAAUUGUUAGUAAAAGUUUUUAUUGACAGUAAGUAACCAAGUACCUAGAAUAUCAAUACAGCUAUUUUUUUAAGAAAAAGAUUGCUUUUUAAGAAAAAGAUUUGCAUUUAACUCUUACCUCAGGCUGUUUUUUAAAGCUGGUUUUGUAUUUUGAUAAUCUUUUUGAAUUGGUUUAGAAAAAUUACUUUCAACGGGCAACUGAUGUUUCUCUGGUUAAUUUUCUAUAUAUGCUCGUGUACAUUUUAUAGUAUAGUUCUAAUGAUAUCACAAUUCUUACUGUCUGCAGGAAUUACUACUAGGUCUUAGAAUAUUGACAUUCACCAACGAGGAAUGUUCUACAUAUCAAAUAGGAACUG